AACUACCAGUUUGUUUUAUCCUUGGCUUUUGCCAUUGAAGAAAUCAACAAAAAUUCUCAUCUUUUACACAAUUUGACUCUGGGAUUUCAUAUCUAUGAUAUUCAAUUUGGAAAUUGGCUAGCAUUUAAAAAUCCCUUCAUUUGCCUCUUUGCCAAGUAUGAGAGUCCAAACUACUCCUGUACGAGAGAGAGCAAGUCCAUAGCAGUGCUGACAGGAACGUCAGGAUUAACAUCUGCCCAGUCUGGAACAUUGCUAGGCCUCUACAGGUACCCACAGCUUACCUUUGGGCCUUUUAAUCAUGUCCUGAGUGACCAUAGCAAGUUUCCUGCUCUGUAUCAGAUGGCCCAGAAGGACACAUCGAUAGCCACUGCCAUGGUCUCCUUACUGCUUCACUUCAACUGGAACUGGGUGGAUCUGUUUACCUUAGUAGAUGAGAAUGGUUUGUGGAUUCUUCCUGUAUUGAAAAAAGAGAUGGCCAAGAACAGAGUUCGUAUAGCCUUUGAGUGGGAUUUAAUCAUCAGGAAGAGUUAUUUCAUGCUAGGUUCCUUGCAUGUACCUCUCAUUUUCUCACACCAUCACCCAGAUGUUUCUGGAUUCACAGAUUUUGUCAAGGCAGUGAAGCCUUCCACAUACCCACAAGACUUUUUCCUUGCUCGGCUGUGGUUUCUGUCUUUCAAUUGCUCAGAUUCUGAUUCUGACUGUGUAACGUGGGAGAACUGUCCUCAUGAUGCCUCCUUGGAUUGGUUGCCUAGGCACAUUUUUGACAUGACUAUGUCUGAAGACAGUUACAAUAUAUACAAUGCUGUGUAUGCUGUGGCCCAGGCUCUCCAUGAGAUGCUUCUCAAUCAAACAGAAGUACAAACAAUGGGAAAUAGGAAAGGGACAGUGCCUUCCCCUGCACAGCUGCACCCUUUUCUGAAGAAUACCCAAUUUCAGAAUCCUGCUGGAGAUCGGGUAAUCUUAGAGGACAAAAGAAAAUUGGAGGCAGAGUAUGACAUUGUGAACAUUUGGAAUUUUCCAGAAGGUCUUGAUCUUGAGGUGAACAUAGGAAAGUUUUCGCCAUUUGCUCUACAUGACCAUCAACUGUCUUUAUCUGAAGAUAUGGUAGAGUGGGCCAUAGGAACUACAGAGCCUGUUCAUUCUGUGUGCAGUGAGAGCUGUGGUCCUGGAUUCAGGAAAUACUCUCAGGAGGGAAAGGCUGCCUGCUGCUUUGAUUGCAUUCCUUGCACAGAGAAUCAGAUGACCAAUGGGACAGAUAUGGAGGACUGUGUGAAGUGCCCAGAUCACCAGUAUGCCAACACAGAGGGAAACCAGUGCCUCCUAAGAGCUGAAAGCUUCCUGGCUUAUGGAGAGCCCUUGGGGAUGGCCUUGGCCUGCAUGGCUCUUUGCUUAUCUACACUCACAGCACUUGUUCUUGGGGUCUUUGUGAAACAUCACAACACCCCGAUUGUCAAGGCAAAUAACCAGGCUCUCAGCUACAUCCUGCUCAUCUCCCUCAUCUUCUGCUUCCUCUGUUCCUUGCUCUUUAUUGGCCGUCCCAACACAGUCACCUGCAUUCUACAGCAAACCACAUUUGGAGUUGCAUUCACUGUAGCUGUUUCCACUGUCUUGGCCAAAACGGUAACGGUGGUUCUGGCCUUCAAGGUCACUUCUCCAGGGAGAAGGAUGAGGUGGCUGCUGGUAUCAGGGGCUCCUAACUUCAUCAUUCCCAUCUGCACUCUGAUCCAGGUGACUCUCUGUGGACUUUGGCUGGGAACCUCUCCUCCCUUCAUUGAUACAGAUGCCCGCUCUGAAUAUGGACACAUCAUCAUCCUGUGUAACAAGGGCUCCCUCACUGCCUUCUACUGUGUCUUGGGAUACCUGGGCUCCCUGGCCCUGGCCAGCUUCACUGUGGCUUUCCUGGCCAGGAACCUGCCUGGCACCUUCAAUGAAGCCAAGUUCCUGACCUUCAGCAUGCUGGUGUUCUGCAGUGUGUGGCUCACCUUCCUGCCUGUCUACCACAGUGCCCAGGGCAAGGUCAUGGUGGCCGUGGAGGUCUUCUCCAUCUUGGCUUCCAGUGCAGGGCUCCUGGGCUGCAUCUUUGCCCCCAAGUGCUACAUCAUCUUGUUAAGACCAGAUACAAAUUUCCGCCAUGGCUUCCAUGUCAAACUACAGAUGGGACCAAAUAGUCCUUCCUAA